UUGAAGUGCGGACAAUGUUUCUCUGUCAGUCUUAAUCAUCAGCAUCUUUUAACAGUUGUUUCUGCUUUCUCUUCCAGGGCCAAGUACCACAAGUUAAAAUAUGGAACAGAGUUGAACCAAGGAGACGUGAAACCUCCCAGCUAUGACUACGAUGAGGUGAUUGAGAAUGAGACUCCUGGGUCCUUGAACAACCAGCUGUCCUGGAAACAAGGCCAUCAGCUCCUCAGACAGUAUCUCCAGGAGGUGGGUUACACAGACACCAUCCUGGAUGUGAAGUCUCACAGGGUACAAACCCUGCUGGGUCUGGCUGGAGACGGAGGGGGACCUGUGGAGAGGACGGCCAACGGAACAGACACCUCACCUAAAGGCACGCGCACCAGAGGAGGGACGACAGAGCAGGCCAGUGUUGUGCAGGAGGCCUUCAGGUUCAUAGAAAGCUCUGCAGCUGACUACAGUGAUGAAGAUGAUGAUGAAGACGGUUCAGGGAAUGACAGGACUAUCAUGGAACAGACAGCACCUACAGGGACGAUUGUGAGGAAGAAGCCAUCACCUGCCCUGUCCACCAGUAUGGACACGAGUGAGGACCCAGACACUGACGAUGCAAUGAAGGGAUUUGACUUCCUGUCUAGUCCAGAUGAUAUGGACACAUCACCUGAGUCCCGCAGCGCAGGGAACGGGACCAAGUGGGAGGAGGAGGAGCAGACUGCCAUGUCAGAGGCCUGGGACAUGGACCAGGGUCUGAUAACCAAACUCAAAGAGGAGUACAGGAAGGAACGCAAGGGGAAAAAAGUGGGGCAGAGACCGAACCGGUCUAAGCUCCAGGACAUGUUGGCCAACCUGAGGGACCAGGAGGACAUGAAUCCCAGAGAACCCUCCUCUACUUCCCAGGCCCGCUCCAACGCACCCAGGCUCAACGAGCAGCACCAGGACAACCGCACGGACGAAGUGGAGGUGUUGACGGUCCCUCCUUCCUCUGGGACAGCCUUUAUCCUGGGUCCUGAUGUGAACAUGGAGGCUGCACUGGGACUUGGAGAGUUGGCUGGUCUCACUGUAUCUAAUGAGGCUGAUAGUCUGGCCUAUGAUAUGUCCAACGACAAGGAUGCCCUGAGGAGGACGUGGAACCCUAAGUUUACCCUGCGGAGCCACUUUGACGGGAUCCGAGGUCUGGCGUUCCACCCCGUAGAACCGGUUCUAGUCACCGCCUCGGAGGACCACACGCUGAAGAUGUGGAACCUGCAGAAGACUGCCCCCGCCAAGAAGAGUGCCUCUGUAGAUGUGGAACCCAUGUACACGUUCAGGGCCCACCAGGGUGCAGUGCUGUGUGUUGUGAUGAACAGUACAGGAGAGCAGUGUUUCAGUGGAGGGCUGGACGGGACCAUUCAGAGCUGGAACACGCCUAACCCUAACCUCGACCCAUACGAUUCAUAUGGUAAGAACAGACCUGGAACACACCUAACCCUAACCUAGACCCAUACGAUUCAUACGGUAAGAACAGAGCUGGAACACACCUAACCCUAACCUAGACCCAUACGAUUCAUACGGUAAGAACAGAGCUGGAACACGCCUAACCCUAACCUCGACCCAUACGAUUCAUAUGGUAAGAACAGAGCUGGAACACACUUAACCCUAACCUAG